UGCCCAGGCAGCCUUUCUGGGAAGAUGCAUCUCCAUCCUCUCCCUCUGCUGCUCUUUCUCCUAUGCUCCAGAGCUCAGGCUGGGGAGAUCAUCGGGGGCACAGAGUGCAAGCCACACUCUCGCCCCUACAUGGCCUACCUGGAAAUUGUCAAUUUCCAGGGUCAACAGGUGACUUGUGGUGGUUUCCUGAUAAGUCAGAACUUUGUGUUGACGGCUGCUCACUGUGCAGGAAGGUCUAUAACAGUCACCCUUGGAGUUCAUAACAGAAAAGAGAAAGAAAAUACAUGGCAGAAGCUUACAGUUGUAAAGCAAUUCCCUCAUCCAAAAUAUACUGGUGAUAUUUUUCUCCACGACAUCAUGUUACUGAAGUUGAAGAGGAAAGCCAACCUGACUCUGGCUGUGGGCACAGUCCCCCUCCCACCCAACUUCUACUCUGUCCCACCUGGGACAAUGUGCUGGGUGGCUGGGUGGGGAAGAAUGGGUGUCAUGAAGCCGGGCUCAGACACUCUGCAAGAGGUGAAGCAGAGACUCAUGGAUCCCAAGGUCUGCAACUGCUUUGUAAAUUUUGACCACAAUCUCCAGCUGUGCGUGGGCAACCCCAGGAAGAAAAACUCUGCAUUUGAGGGAGACUCUGGGGGCCCUCUUCUCUGUGCUGGGGUGGCCCAGGGCAUCGUGUCCUAUGGACGGAAGGAUGCAAAGCCCCCUUCUGUCUUCACCCGGAUCUCUCAUUACCGGCCCUGGAUCAACAAGAUCCUGAAGAAGAAUUAACCCUGGAGCCUGGGCCGGCAAGAGAGAGUCUGGAACUGGAUCUGAGCAGAGGAGUUUCUGUGUGCCACUCAUUUUGGCCCACCUCUAGUCCCUUGGCCACAUCUCUGAGCCUGCAGAAGAUUCCUACAGGUCAUACAUCUCUCAAUAAA